AUGAUCCAGUUGCUGACGGAGUCGAAAACUUGGUACAUUGAUGGUACAUUCAAGGUCGUCAAGGAGCCCUUCACUCAACUGCUCAGCGUCCAUGCUUUCGUUCGACAAGGUGACGACAUGAAACAAGUCCCGCUUAUGUUCGUCUUGAUGUCAGGAAAACGAAAGGACUACCGAAAAGUGUUGAAGUCAAUCAAGCGCCUGACACCAGAUCAUUCCCUCAAGAAAAUCGUCAUUGACUUCGAGAGUGCGAUGUGGAGAGCCAUACCAACAGUGCUACCCGAGGUCAAGAUACGAGGUUGUUCGUUCCACUGGGCCCAAUGCAUCUGGCGCAAGAUUCAAGAGAUCGGUCUGGCACCCGCAUACCUCCACGAUGACGUCACGCACCAACUCUGCAAAGAACUACUCGCUUUGCCUUACCUCCCCCACGAACACAUUCGCCCACUCUUUGAAAAGCUGGCAAAACGUGCAACAACAGAAACCCUGGCGACGCUCGUGGACUACAUUCGUAGAAACUGGAUUGAGACGACACAAUGGACCCCUAAAACGUGGAGCGUCUUCAACCAACCCUUUCGCACUAACAACGACUGCGAGGGUUGGCACGGUGCCCUGAAUCGACACGCACGUCGGGGAAAUAUCACGUUCUACGUCUUGGUGAAGCUUCUCCACGAACAAGCAAGUCUCGUCGGGAUCCAAGUCCGUCUUGUGCGUGCCGCCAAACUGAAACGUAGGCAACGAGCCCAAUACCGCCAAAUCGAGGGAAAACUCGUCGCAGUUUGGGAGGAUUACAUCAAAGGAAAGAAGAACGCCCGACAGCUGCUCCGUACGUGUUCACAUCUCGUUGCCCCAAGUACGUAA